AUAGGACAUAAAAGUGAUUAAUAGUUUGAUUGAAAAACAUCAUACUGAUUGCCUUUGAGCUCUCAAUGUUUUAAUGGACCACGAUAACCUUGACUCUUUUGAUAAAGAAAAGAUAUCUUCAACUUGCAAACUAUUUUUAUUCCACCUGUCAAUUAAGUAAAAACAAUAUUUUAACAUUACUAUAAGUAGUAGAAAAAGAUUAAUAAUAAAACAUAUCAUGAAUUUCAUUCAUUCGAUACUUGGAAAUAAUUACCGGAAAAUAUUUUAUGAACUUAUCAAUGAUCAAGAUGAGGAUGAUGUUGACUUGACCAAGCCAAUACGAGUGGUUAAAUUCGAUAGGAAACCAAGUACUUACUAUCACAUUGCAGAGACUCCAAAUUGCUCGGAGGCUGUUUCAUUUGGUCUGCCUCACAAUCGAAAAUGGUUCCUGUACCGCAGUCGAAAGGACCAAUCAACUUUCUACUACAAAAAAGCUGAAAUAGCAUCAGUCUUAAGAGUACUACUCUUCGACAUGUGUGGUCUGUAUGUAAAAAAUAUUGAAGAAUUUAUUAAUGAUUUUGAGAACAAAAACCCACCGUAUUCUAACGAAUCAUUCAAGAAUUUUUAUAAAAGACUAGUGAAAUUACCUUGGUUUGAUGAAGUAAGUCUUCACAGGCUGACUGUUGAUGUUGAUGGAAAAUAUUAUAAAUUAAAAAAUAUCAAUAAUGAAUUUAAUAAUGAUGUAAAUACCUUUGUUAGACCUAAAGUUGAGGUGGAAUGUGAAAGAAGUUUUCACAGUUUUCUAAAUGAUCACCUCACUUUGUACCUCUUUUGUCGUUACUUGCAACAAUUACUUGGUCCAGGAGUACCUCGCAUCAUCCAGAUACCAAUACAAGAAGUAUUUCGAGAUAUAAAACUGAGUUUUGAUUUUUACAAAUAUGUACAUAAAAACAGAAGUUAUUUAUUUCUUGAUGUUUGCCCUACGGUGCAUGAUUUUUUGGUAUUCCAAGAUUUCUUUAAACAUUGUAAUAAUAUUAAUUCAAAUAAUCAUCGUAAUUAA